AUGCCCUCUUCACUUCUCUUCGGCCUGGCGGCGUCCCUCUCGCUGGCGGUGCCGGCCUACGCCGGCUUCCAGGUCCAGUGCUUCAGCCGGCUUUUCGACGAGCGGCUCGACCCCAUCGUCAACCCCGGCAAGCUCUCUGGCCACGUCCACGUCAUCUCGGGCGGCAAUGGCUUCGCCGCUGCCAUGGACUUUGACCGGGCGCGGGCGUCAUCGUGCACGACGUGCAACGUGCGCGACGACCUAUCCAACUAUUGGACGCCCAAGAUGUACUUCCACGCCCAGAACGGCAGCUUCCUCCCGGUCCCCGUUGUCGGAGACAACCAGUACGGCAACAUGGGCGGCAUGGUCAUCUAUUACAACGACAACCGAGGCGACGUGCCCACCGACACCAUCCACCCGUUCCCGCCCAACUUCCGCAUGCUGGCCGGCAACCCGUUCAAGCGGAGCGCCACGGCGGACGAAGCAGGGCAGGCGGUGCACAUGAAGUGCCUCGGCGACGGCGGCAACGUCAACUACCCGGGGUUCCCGCCGCGCAAGUGCUCGGGCGGCAUCCGCGCCGAGGUGGUCAUGCCGUCGUGCUGGGACGGCGUCAACGUCGACUCGCCCGACCACAAGUCCCACGUGGCGUACCCCGUCGGUGCCGUCGAGGGCGGCCGCUGCCCGCCCACGCACCCCAAGCGCCUCUUCUCCAUGUUCUACGAGGUCACAUACUCGACCGAGGUGUUCCAGGACAUGUGGCCCGACGGCGGCAGCGGCCAGCCGUUCGUGCUCUCCAGCGGCGACCCCGUCGGCACGGGCUUCCACGCCGAUUUCCUGAACGGCUGGGACGUCGCCGUGCUGGCCAACGCGGCGGCCAGCUGCCAGAACACGCUGACGCCCAACGGCAACCGCUGCCAGCCCGACUACGCGGGCGCCGACAAGGUCCUACGCCACAUGACGGACCAGGGCGAGGCGUUCGCCUGCAAGCUGCCGUCCGUGUCGGGCGAGAGGCCAAACGAUGUGCUCGGCGCCCUCCUCGGCUGCAACCCCCUCACCGACACCGAGGCGGCUGCCCGCGCAGUCAGCUGCGGCGGCGCACAGAAGCCGGGCGGCACGGCUUCUACCACCCUCGCCAACGUCCCCCUCCCAGGCGGCGGCUCCUUCACCGAUACGACGCCCCUCAACUUCUCAUACAUCGGCUGCGCGGCCGACGACCCGGCGGCGCGCACUUUUGCCGGCAGCAAGUGGGUCGCGCUGGCGGACAUGACAGUCCCGAAAUGCCUCGCGUUCUGCAGAAGCAACAGCUACGCGUUCGCCGGCGUCGAGUGGGGGUCUGAGUGCUUCUGCGGGAAUGCGUUGCCGGCGGGCCGUGCCCCGGUGCCUGGGGCGGUGAACAAGUGUGUCAAGCCGUGUAAUGGCGAUAGCAAGCAGACGUGCGGUGGCGGCGGGGCCAUGUCGUUGUACAAGGCUUGUGGGGCGGCGCAGGAGUGUGUCAAUCAGCCGGUGCUGAGGCGGCGUCGGGGGUUCUUGUUUGCUUGA